AUUACAACAUUGGACGAAACGGGAGUCAUGUUGAGUAUGCUCAGCUUCCUCAAAGUCCUGGUAGGUAAGGACGACCUGCGAACUCACAGAGGCGCCGGUGUCGAGCGGACAAUGGCGACCGCGAUCGAGUGUAUCUCUGCUAACAGUAGAUCUCUCUUUCCACUGAUCAUC